CCCAAAAGCUCGACCGACUGCAGUAGCCCGGCAUCCGUCGGCGCCGCGGCCAGGACGAAAAUUUCCCGCGGUACAACCGUGUAUUCCGUGUCACCGUGCCGUGUGAACCUCGCCGAUGGAAGCUCGAAUGGCAGCUCGAGUCUGAUCGAGGAGCCAGACUUGACAAUCGAUCAUCGUCGUCCGGGAUCGUCCCGUAACGGGGAGAAGAAUCAGGAGGAGGGAGUGGAGAGGAAAAUAGGGGGAAAAAGGAACGACGACCAUGAGGCGGCAGCCACGAUCAGUGGACUGAGAAAGUUAGAAGCCGAACCCGCCUAUUCUUCUCUCCGAUUAUCUCACAAGGCCAGAGCUGUGUGGUUCAGGGAAAGAGCGGGUUCGAUCGAGGCGCGGUGGUUCGCGAGAUCGCGCGACAAAUGUGCACGGGGGUGGACAGUGUGACAUAGUGCGGCGAAGUAGGCGAAGACGAAGAGCGACGGGGAGGGAGGAAAAGGCCCUGUGUGAGCGAGGAACGCGGGAAGAGGAGGAGGUGGGACAGGAUGCGGGGGCACAGGAAGAGGGCGCAGAGCCCCGACUUUUCUUCUUCUUCAUAGGGGAUCGUUUCGCCUCAUCGACGUCCAACGUGACGACGGUCAGCGAGCACGCCGAGGACGACGACGACGACGAAGACGACGACGUCAACUAGGUGCAUCCCUGAAACGAGCACUGCCGUUUGUUCUCCGAGAUGGCGGAGGAAAAGGAGAAGCAGACGUUCCUGCAGAAGCUGCUGUUCUACACGACCGCGUUCUUCAUCCUCCUCAGCACCUUCAGCCUCUUUGCCUUCCUCUUCUUGGUCCCCUUCGUCAUCGACCCCGCCUUCACCACCAUCUUCAUGCAGUUCGACACUCGGCCAGCCGAGUGUAUCACUACCUACGUUGAGUCAAGGAGAGGUACGAGCAACUGCUCAUGGACGUCCUGUAGAGAGGGUUGCACCAAGGAGCUGUACGAUUGCACGCAAAUACGCGUCAACUACAAGCUACCGACUAAUACGUCCGAGGAUAGCGAUGGACAGGGUGAGGGAGGCGGAGCGGUAGGAGGUGUCGAGGAUGACGAAGACAGCACGACGAUGGGAAAACCGCGUUAUGACCGCUCCCUAAGGGAGUACGAUUACGUCGAGGACCUUGACGAGGAUUUCGCCGAGGACGACGAAGCAGGACUGCCGAAACCCUUUCCUACAGGGCUCAUGGGCAACGACUCCGAGUGGUACUUCAUCGGGGCCAAGCUGUUCCCCAACGUAAAAGGCUGUGGAUACCCUCCAAUGCUGAAUUGCAGUAUUUUCUACCGGCAGUACGCCAUCAUAGGGCAGAACUUUAGCUGUUACUACUCGAAAGUGGACCCCGGGAUAGUCAUCAGCGACCUCGACAUGUGGCAGGUGUACAUGAAUCUGGUGUACGCGAUGGCGAUUCCGAUACCGUCUUUCAUAAUCUCGGUGAUAUAUCUCACCAUCGCCUACUUCAAGAUCUACAACGAAGACGAGGUGGUCCUCGUGGGCGGGGAGGAGGGCGAGGAGGGCGGGGAGGGCGAAGGGAGUAACGCGACACCCCUGCCACUGACGAGCGGCGCCCUUACGCCCGGCAGCGAGGCUUUCAGGGAAGACCUAGCGAGCUUUGGGCAUCAGCUGAAGGUCGCCAUGGCCGAUGACAUCAGCAGGGAAAGCCUGGAUGGGAUACCAAACUCGUACUCCAUUCAGGGAAACUUGAGCAAGACGAUGACGACCAGUAUCUCGACUCCCCCUGGGCCGACGGCGGCAGUCUGAAGCGUCACUUUCAAGGUCUGAACAACAUCUCCUGGAAACCGCAUUAAGCGGUGCCCCAAGAACGGGAUCUAGAAAAGAAGAGAGAAAGAGAGAGAGAGAGACGAAAAGAAAAAUAAUUUUUCUUUAACAUAGCUUAUUCAAGUCAUCGACCGCGAAUAGAGCCAAUAUUCUCUCACCAAAAAUGGAGAACGAGAAUUAAAAGAAUAAUAGGAAAAAAAAAAAAAGAAAAGAAGAAAAAGAAGAAGAAGAAGAAAUCGCAAACGUAGCUUCAGAUAUUUCCACGGAUACCACGGAGUGAACCAGUGGUGCACGAUGCUCAAACGUAAGAGUUUCGAAAGGAACGGGCGUCGAUUUGCGUCCAAAUAAAACAAAAAAAAUAUAUAUAUAUAUUAUAAAAAAAGAAUUUUAAAAAAGAAAGAAAAAUAGGAAUAAAAAAAAUUCAUCGGCGUUCUCUCCUCAAAAGCGUUAAAAUUUACGGAUUUAACCCAUUUUGAUUCAGAUGAUUCAGGACGAUUCGUUCACGAAAUAAUAAAGAGAGAGCGAGCGAGCGAACGAGCGAGAGAGAGAGAGAGAGAAAGAGAGAGAGAGAGAGAGAGAAAGAAUGUUUUAAUAUUAUAAUAUAUGCCACAACGCUAUCGCAUAAUACUGUCCCACACCGUGUACGCGCUAAUUAUUAUCCAAUAGAGAUAUAUAACGAUAUUUUGUGACAGACUUUUUUCUACUCGACAACCGCCCGUGGUCGCAAGAAACGGCAACCACCCCGGGCCCCGCUGAUCGAUUAAUCCGUCAGUGGCUCGUGUUUUUAGUACGGUUCCCGAUCGUGGCCGGAAACCGAGGCCGAACGAUCGGCCGCUUGGCGAGGAUCCAGCGAGGAAACAUUACAUUUGGAUUCGUUGCCGAUACUCUCUUGGGUCUCGUCGUAUCGUAAAGGGCACUUCCUGCAACCAUCAGAGAGAAAAAGAUGAAUUCCUUGAACCGCGACCGAAGAGCCACCGUUUUCGAAACAUCAAUAUCCUCCUCUCCCUCCGAUUGAAUUGUAGAAACGUUGUAAAAUCGUGCAUUCGAAAGAUAACCCUCUACGAAGGAAGGAAACGAAAGGUGUUUGAUUUUGCGUCGAGUUAAGUUUUGUCUUAUUAAUCUUGAAGUAUGUUUGAUCCUUUUGGAAGCACCCUCUACGGUGUCUCGAUGCCCACGACAACAGGCGAAUUUUCCUUCCGUGCGGUUUGUAUAAUUAUCCUCGUUGAAGAAGCCUGAAGUGGAAUACAAGAUGGAACGAGAGUCGUUUCCCAAGGGUUGAACGUUGAACCCGGUCGAUUCGAUCGCCAAGAGAAGCGAUAUGUAUGUAAUGGCCAUACACACGCGAUCCGCUCCUCCCGUGAUAGAAAUCGAGCGAAAGCAAUUCCUGCCCAUUUUUUCCGAUAGCACGUGCCCGGAAUCAAACACACUCGAUCCUUUUUGCACAAUUCUGGUUGGCUGGUUCGGUUAUUAUAGAGAAUAAAAAUAAAAAAAUAUAUAUAUAUAUCUCAAGAUUUGACGGGGGUGAAGAUAGAAGAUAUGGGGGAGGGCGAGGACGCUGAAGAGGAGAGAAACCGAAAUUGCGCGAGAAAUUGGUGGACUAAACCCAAGUGGACUAAAGCUUAAAACGAGUAAAUUAAUGAAAAUUAAAGAGUACCCGUUAUCAAGUUAACAAGUAUUACUAAGUUAAUCUGCUUGCUGUGUGUGAUCAUGACGCGCAUCCGAGAUACGCCACUCCACGUGCAUCGUAGACGAAUCGAGAACCACACACACUCUAUCGAUACACACCUGUCUCUCUCUGUCACGUACACACAGACAUUAUUAAAUACAUACAUACACAGGUUACGUGUACACGUCCGUCUCACUGUGGGAAUACACUUCGCUUCUUUUUCGAGAAUAUCCGACGUGAAUCCGAAAUUAUCUGCUUCGAGGGAAAGUGUGUUGCCACCCCACUUUUCUUACGUCGAUAAUCAGUAGAUAAUCUGCGUUUCUUUUGAGAAGCAUUACGAUUAAUGGCGAAAAGAGAGAAAAAUUUGAGUGACCGAUAGGAGCUGAACAUGUCGAUUCGUGUCGAUUGAUUUGUCGGACUAUUAUCAGUUUGUACUACUGAACUUUACUCUUGUUUCUUAGAGCGAUCGGAUUUUUUGAUCGAUGAUUGGAUGAUUGUACAACGUGGAUAUAUACAUAUAUAUUUUUUACAUUAUAAAAUGUUGAAUGUAUAUUUAAAAGGAAGAAAUUUAAAGAAAGGAUGAGAAUUCUAUCGAUUAAUAAUCUGUAUAAAAAUUCUUUGAUUAUUUCUACAAUUUACGAUUCUUGUCUAUAUCUGGAUUGGAAAUUUUACAACGGGAUUGUUGUUAACUUCUCGAAAAAAUCGCUUAAGAAAACUGUAUGCGAUUGAAUCAAAAUAUUUUCCUUUAUAAAUUCCCACCACAAUGAACCAAAUCGAUGUUCAGAUCGAUUGAAUAGCACAAUCGCAGUAAGGAAAUAAUAUCAAACCCGGUAUCAAUAGUUGUUCGACACAGAACACGAAACACUCCUAUCCGAGAUAUUGCGUAUUAUCACGAAUACAUCUUUGUGUCAUGAAAAAAAGAUGCAAUUCUUUUUUUUUUUUUUUUAGGGGUGGAUCGGGUCACGUUUGUCGAUAGGAAGGAACGAAAAGAGAUUUUGUUCCCGCUGGUUAUUACCCUCUGUUAAAAUGAAAACGGCAACAAAUAGCACAGGCAGACGCUGCACGCAACAUUUUUUAAAAUAUAGAUUUUGCUGGCUAGCUCGCGGCGAGCUCAAACGGAAAUUCAUCCCUGUGAUUACGCAAAGGAACACAGGGUGUUACUUGCGCAGAUGGUGAAACAAGUAACAGUAGUUUUUUCGCGGCCUCGUUGCUGCGCGUGAAUCGAUACGAGUGGCGCAGGACAGGCGAACCUUCACCCCUGAAAUCGAUGGCAAAAAUUGAUGCUAAAAUAAUAUUUUCACACGCCCCUUGAAUCUCGGCAUCUUGAAGUAGUAAUUGUUGUAGUAAGUUUUUCGAUUAGUUCUAUUCGUUCCUUUGUGAAUCGUCGUGAAUUUCUUAAUGUAACGAUAUUGUGGAAUAAUUUUUUUAAAGGAUUUUUCAAUAUUUAGAGGGUUAAUAAGUAUCAAGUAUCAUUUUGUAAUCGUAACAUUUAUUUUAUUGUUAGUCUAUACGUAGCUAGAAUAUUUCUUAGACUUAUAAGUAAGAAUAUACCCCCGUUGAAAGUGUUUCAAUUGUUUAUCCGGUUAAAUUAAUUUUCUUACGAGAAAAUGUAACUUAUUGGAUUCCGUGUUAUUUUCAACUUAUUGUCUUAAUCGUGUCGCAUUAUUGUUAAGCAGAAUAUCGAAACAAACAAUCGUAUUCCCCUACAUUGAAAUUGAUUUUCCACGCCUUGAAAACUCGAAAUACAAUCGCUGAUUCGGAUGAUUUCGAUCGAUUUAUAAUUGGACGAAAAAAAAAGAAAAAAAGAAGAAGAAAAAAGAAAGGAAGAAAGAAAUAGCGAAGCAUAGUGAAAAAUAUAUAUAUAAGAACAUUCUUUCUCGCCAAGGAGGACGAGAGACGAUUAUUAAUGGUGCUUGAUCCGAAAAAUAUUUAAAAUAUCUGUAAUUAGGAAUAAAUAAUUUUCAACGUGUUCCGCAUAACCAUCGAAAUACCUAAUGAGAUGAUGAUCUCACGUGUGAUUCUCAUUCGACGCGACGUCAUUUUUGCAAAAUUUGUUUAACACGUGAACAUACACAUGUGUACACAUAUGUACGAAAAUUUGUUACACCCUAUCACGCCCAACUAACAUCUAUACACACGUGUACACAAACACACACACGCACACAUACACAUACAUAUAUACAUACAUACCCACAGAAUAGACACGAAUAUAUACAUUAAUAAUCUAUGGAAAGAAAUAAUAAUUGAAUUGUUUUUAUGGAUUAAGAACAAGUUGUCUGUGAUCUACAAUAAUUAAAAGAAUAUUUAAUAAGUAUUAACAUGGUAAAUGCAUAAUUGACAUGUCGAUAAUGUCGAACGAAUCGGUUUUAGGGAAUUAAUAAAUAAAUAUUAGAGAAACAAAUUGAGAUGAUGGAGAGAAAGAGUGGAAAAAAAAAAAAAAGAAAAGAAAAGAAAUAAAUCGGAUAAUAUUGGGGGUUGAUCUCUCGCGUUAAUGGAUAGAGCAAUAUACGAAUGGAAGAGGAUGGGGAGAGAAAUCGAUAACGAAAAACGAUUAUCGCAUUAACGACGUCAUCACAAAGAAAUUCUAGAGAAGAGGUAUAUUAUAUAAAUACAUAUAUAUAUAUAUAAACAUUAAAUAAAUAAAGAAAGAAAAAUAGAGAUUUAAAAAAAAAAUGGAGCACGCCAUGUCUAAAUAAUAUGUAAUCGCUGCUGUUAAUCAGUAAUAAUUCGCGAUAUAUAAAGAGAAGAGGAGGGGAAAACCAAUUUGUGCGUGCUGCGUUCGAAGUACCGAUUAAAAAAUACUAACACAAAAAAUUAUAUAAAUAAAUAUAAUAAAAAAAAAAAAAUAAAUAAAUAAAUAUAUAUAUGGCACUUGACCGUCGCGGCUAAAAAAGAAAAAAAAAGUACAUAGGAUAGAUAGAUUUAUAGAAGCGCAAAAAGAAAAAAAAACACCAAAAAUCGUUCCUUCCACCCGCUCCGGCCGUGUAUUUGAUUAUCGAUUUUAAAAUAUAUCGCAUCUCAUAUAAAAAAAAGUCAAAGAAAAGCUCUGCGAACUUGUAAGCGCACCUCAGAAUGCAAUUAGUAUGCCGUUUUAACUAACAAAAAAAAGAAAGAGAGAGAGAGAGAGAGAAGAGAUACGGAGAGAUGUACAAUUGAACGGAAGCAAGUUGAAGGGAGAAAAGAAGAAAGGGGAUAUAGGAGAUUUAAAAGAAUGAAUAAAAAAGAUUGAUAUAUAAAAAUGCCACAAUCACCGAGUAAUAAGUUGUUCAACGAGCGUUGCGAAAGAUGUUCGAGAUAAUUUUUGUACAGUUUUGGCACACAUGAGAACGUGCAACAUCGUCGUCUUUAUAUUUAUGUACAACAUUCAAUUAUUAUAAAUUUUCGAUAUUAUUACAAAAACUAUGAUCGAUUUCGUGUGAAAGUGUAUAUGGCUUUUUCUGCGGUUAACAAUAAAAUGUUGUCAAAGCUUUUUUCACGAGAUAUAUAUACAUACAUAUUUCACUCAAA